ACUGCCCUGUUUUCAUAACCUUGGAGAGUGCGGUGGCCUGCAGGACACGGCAGCAAAAACUGGGUAACGGUGGGAGCAGCUGCCGAGUGGAAAGCCCAGUAAAAAGGGGACUGACUCCUCUUAAGGAGGAAAGUGAUGGCUCCGUGGGAUCAAAAAAGGAAACGCCAAAUUGAAGCAGAGGUCAUGUUCUUCUCCGUAACUUCUCAGACACAGUAGAAAAGAAAUUGAGAAGUCUGGUGUGACUGCUUAAGCUUCCAACUUCUGCUCUGGUGAGGCUGACACAGAAAACAGGAAGUCCAGCUCUCGGGUGUAAGGGUUCAAAGUCUAACCACUGAGACAGGGCGGCACAGAUUGCAGGGAGGGAGGAGAACCCAGGCUAGCAACGGUUACCCCACACUAUUGGAGACUGUCCCAGUACAACUUUAGAGACAGAUUUUUUAUUUACAGAAAAUCAGUUAUUUCUCUUAAGGAACCCCAAGGUCCAAGGCGGCAGAUGAGGACAGGGUGCAACAUCAUUACCCUGUUCCUGACUGGCCUUCCCCUGAGACAGGAAAGGCUCUGGUGCUGGGCCUGCCGUACCAGCCCCGCUCUUUUACUGCACCCCCAGCAGCACCAGCACCAGCAGCAUGGUGGAUACCUUCUUGAGGGCCAUUAUUGUACGUUUCUCACCACUCGGCUUACUUAGGACUGUCCCAACACAUCACAAGUGUUAGAAUAACUUGAAACCCCAAAGGGGAAGAGUCAGGAUUUCUGAUUUACCGGGGAAAUCCUUGGGCUCUUUGCAGAUUUGCCCACCUCCUCCCCAGCAGCCUUCAGCUUCCAUUCACCAGUGGGCUGAUGGCGAGACAAAGCCCCAACCUCGGCCAAGCCGAAAAACUGCUGCUCGGCCCAAAUGCUCUGGAUCCAGGGGCCCACUUGCCUUAUAGCCACACACCUAAAAGAGGUAUAAAUCAUACCAGUUAUAUUUAUGAAAUAAAAGCUACAGCAUUUGGUGAUCAAAAAGCCAGGUACAGGACUUCCCUGGUGGCACAGUGGUUAAGAAUCCGCCUGCCAAUGCAGGGGACACGGGUUCGAGCCCUGGUCCGGGAAGAUCCCACAUGCCACAGGUUCACCACAACUACUAAUCCCAUGCACCACAACUACUGAGGCUGCGCUCUAGAGCCCGCAAGCCACAACUACUGAGCCCGUGUGCCACAACUACUAAGCCCGUGUGCCACAACUCUUGAAGCCCGCGCACCUAGAGCCUGUGCUCCGCAACAAGAGAAGCCACCACAAGGAGAAGCCCGCGCACCGCGACGAAGAGUAGCCCCUGCUCGCUGCAACUAGAGGAAGCCCGCGCGCAGCAACGAAGACCCAACGCAGCCAAAAAAAGCCAGUUAUGAUUCCCAGGUCUGACUUUGCUGACUGGACAGAAUUUCAGCUACCUACCCAAGCAAGAUGAAGAUUCCAUUUGUGGAACCUGCCAUUUGCCUUAGUGUAUUUGCUAUGACUUUGACUGCUCCACUGACAACACAAUAUGUGUACAGGAGAAUAUGGGAGGAAACAGGCAACUACAGCAUUGCACCCGAUAGCAAUGUUUCUGAGUGUGCAAAAAACAAAAGCAGCCCAAUUUUCGCAUUCCAGGAGGAAGUUCAGAAAAAAGUGUCUCUUUUUAAUCUGCAGAUGGACAUAAGUGGGUUAAUUCCUGGUCUCGUGUCUACAUUCAUGCUUCUGUCUCACAGUGACCACGGAGGACGAAAAUUCCCUCUGAUUUUGUCUUCUGUGGGUGCUCUUGCAAACAGUGCUUGGCUCUGUCUGCUUUCCUAUUUUGCCUUUCCAAUCCAGCUUUUGAUUGCAUCUACCUUUUUGGGUGCACUUUGUGGCAAUUACACCACACUUCUGGGAGCCUCUUUUGCCUACAUAGUUGAUCAAUGUAAAGAAAAGAAACAAAGAACAAUUCGAAUAGCUAUAAUUGACUUCCUGCUUGGAAUUGUCACUGGAUUAACAGGAUUGUCUUCUGGCUAUUUUAUUAGAGAACUAGGUUUUGUGUGGUCGUUUUUAAUUGCUACUAUGGCUCUUACUGUUAACUUGAUUUAUAUUUUAUUCUUUCUUGAGGAUUCGAUGAAAGAGCCUUCAUCUCAGAAUGUUUCUAUAUCAUGGACUGAAGGCUUUAAAAACUUAUUUAACCGAACUUACAUGCUUUUUAAAAAUAAUUCUGGUGAGCAACGAUCUUUGCUCUGUUUGUUGCUUUUUACAAUGAUCACUUAUUUUUUCGUGACAAUUGGCAUUUCCCCCAUUUUUAUCCUUUAUGAAUUGGAUUCACCGCUCUGCUGGGAUGAAGUUUUAAUAGGUUAUGGAUCAGCUUUGGGUAGUGUCUCCUUUUUCAGCAGUUUCCUAGGAAUAUGGCUUUUUUCUUAUUGUAUGGAAGAUAUUCACAUGGCCUUCAUUGGAAUUUUUACCACCAUGGUAGGAAUGGCUAUGAUUGCUUUUGCCAGAACAACACUGAUGAUGUUUUUAGUCAGGCUGCCAUUCCUUUUCACUGUCGUACCACUCUCUGUUCUACGGUCCAUGAUAUCCAAAGUGGUUCGUUCUACUGAACAAGGCACCAUGUUUGCUUGUCUGGCUUUCUUAGAAACACUUGGUGGAAUCACUGCAGUUUCUACUUUCAACGGAAUUUAUUCAGCCACCGUUGCUUGGUACAAAGGCUUCGUCUUUCUGCUCUCCGCUGUUUUAUUACUAAUUCCAGCCAUCAGUCUAUGUGCUGUCAAGUGCGUCAGCAGGAAUGCGGGAAGCUAUGUCCUUCUUAUACAAGAAGAAUCCAGCGAAGACUCUUCAGACAGAUGAUUAAUUGUGAUUAAAAAAAACCCAAAUGCUCAUAUCAUAUGCUCUUGACUUCUGAAGGAUAUAAACUAGCUCCACAAUCAGUACUUCAUGAAUAAUCAGUGCUGCAAGUCCUUUCUUCUAAACUAAACAGAGAAAUAGUUGCUGCUCUAGCUUCUUACAGCACCAUGCACUUUGAGCACUUUAUGAAGAUCAUGUGACAUAUUCCCAGUAGAUAAAAAAACAAAUCUCAAGACACCUCCCACUUUGGGAUUUACAAAAGAAACUGAAACUUAUCGGUAUAAGAUGGGACUAAGAAAUAUGAUACAAUCAAAAGCAAUAAUCUCCCUGAUAUACUCCAGUCUCUCACAUUAAGACCAGGAAGAACUCUUUGUCUGCCUCAGUUUCUUCAUCUGCAAAAUGAGUUUUUGACCCCUCUCAAAGAUUUUCAAGGCGUAACUGUUGAAAAUUAUGAUGAGUCAGUCGCUUAUAGGAAAAUGAUAGAAGUUUCAAGCAUUCAUAAUAUAAUUUUCUUCUACUUGGGUAAUGCUUUGUUUUUUAGAGCCCAUCAAGGUGUUAGUGAUAGUCAAAGCUCUCAGUAGCUGCAAUAUCCUUCAAAGGGAAGCACUUUAAUGAAUACGUUUUCACUUUUCCUAAUAUGUUUCAUCAGUGACAGGCAUGAUAAUAUUUCCAUAAGUAACACAGGGGUGACUGAAAAGAAAGAUUACAAGUAGUUCCUAAAGAAAUGUAAAAACUGAGUAAACAGGCAAUCAUGAUGUAAAGUAACUAGUAUUUAUAGAGUCAAUAUUCAUUCCUUCUUUCUGUCAAAGGGUAUCCAUCUCUUACUGCCUUACACUCAUCCUGGGACCACCAUGGUCCCUGAAAACACCGCAUCCCCUCCUGCCUCCUGUCUGCACACAGGGUUCCAUUGGGCCUUCUUCCCUCCCUACGUUGAAACUUUUAAGUCUCAGCCAAGGCAAAGCUUCCGCUUCCUCCGUGUCCCUUCCGGACAUUUCUACCCUCACCUCCCGCCCACCUCCACCCCCCACCCCCGUCCCUGCAGGGCUCCCACAGCUCUCUGGGUGCCGCCAUCCAAGCGUUUUCCCUCGUCUUGUAAUGUUUGUUCCCCUACUUGACAAUGAGCACCUUGAGGACAGGGACAAUCUUUGAUUCCUCGUUAUAGCCACGAUAAAAUUUGAACUAAAUGA